AAUGGCUGGAUUGCAAUUGCAACUUCAACCUCAUUUUGAUGUAAGCAAAAUCUUAAACAAAGUAAACUAUAUUUAUAUAUAGUUUUUUAAUAAGAUAAGUACCAAAAAACUGUAACAUCCAACUAGAUACAUUUAUAAUACCCCUUAUAAUAUUUAUUUCCGUAAUGAAAGGUACAUUUAUAGCGAUCUCCUAGCAUUGGACGACAUCGUCUCUCUCUUAUAAAAUCUGUUUUCAUCUCAGUCUUCGAUCUUUCAUUUCGCUUAAAAUCAUGAAAGCUAAAGAGAUGAAGAAAGAGAGAGCCAUAGCAAGACUGAUGAAAUCCCCGGUACGUUUCUUGAUCAUGGCACGUGACGCCUACAUACGCAGCAUGACAUCAUGCUCCGUCGGUUUCAUCACUGGUGGUGGCUCCGGCGGAUUCGGUUUGCCAGCCGGUAACUUUCAAAUCUGUGAAGAACCAAGCACCACUCUCCCUCGUAGCUUCACACUUAAUACGUCAACGACGACACGUGAACGCUGCCGGUUUGUCACACGUGGCGGAGAAAACAGGGCUGCGAUGAGACGACCGUUGGAUCUCAGGAGAAACUAUAGCUGUAUGGUGAUGGGAAGGAUAGAUGAAGAGAAGGCUUGUGAUGAGUUUGAACAAGAGGGUUUGCUGUCUGUUUCUGAUCGAUUUAAAAAAAGAAAAUUGUGUGGUGUUUUUACUAUUUGUCAACGAUAAAAGACAACAAAAACUUCCCCUAAUAAAUUAAUGUUUUUCAUGUUUCUUGUUAAUUUAAGGGAUUGAUUUUGUGUGCAUAUAGAUUUUCUGAUUGUAUAUAAAUUUCAAUUUGUAGAAUAGAACCUCCUCAACAUUUCCGUCGAUUCUGUAUAGCUCGGUAUGCUUUAUUUCAUGGUCUUCACUUAUAGGUGAGUUAAAUUUACGAUAUUUUUAGUUACGUUUCAACUAACACUAUAGGUAAGUAUUAUCUGCGAGGCAGAUGAGAAUCAUGAGAUCAUGAAAACGAAGGUCAAACAAAAAAGUUUUUUUUCCUAGUUGUUAGGAAGUCUUUCACUUUUAGCAUUUUCUCUCCUUCACACGACACCAACGUCAACGUACGAAAUAAAAUAAGUAAACUCUGUCUCGGGGUGUGUUUACUCCAAAAUACAAAGCUUUGGGUAAAGAAAACAAAUAACACAAAAGUCUAGGGGUUGCAGAAGAAAACAUUUGGAAAGUUGCACAUUAGGGAUCAGGGAACGGAGAUUUCACCGCCGAGUGGUGAACAAACGUGGAAGAUGCGACGGCGAGAGGAAAAGCGACGAAAGUUACACGAAGCUCUUCUUGAAACACUGUAUCCUCCUUCAUCGCCUUCGUCUCCUUCCUCUUCUCCGUCUCCGGUUGGGUUUGGUGACGAACCGUUCGAUGUAACACUCAUAAACCCAGAGGAUUACGUGAACAUUGAUUCAUCACAUCACGGCGACGAGGAUGAAAACGGAGACGAUUCAGAGACUAAACCGAGUCGAGCGCAGAGGAAGAGGAUAAGAAAGAAGAUGCUCAAAGAGGAAGCUGCUCGACGGAGGAAAGUCAUCGGACCUCUGCUUCCGACGGAAAUGAUUGAGACGCGUGAAGACAGCAACGGUGGAGAAGAGGCGAGUUGCGUACAACCUGCUCGACUAAAUGCCUCAGAGAAAGAAGAGAAAGUGAGCUUUGAGGGAAAUGAUAAGACGAAAAGAGUCAAGAAGAGGAGAGAGGCAAAGAAACUUGCCAAAGAGAGUUCUAACCCAACUCAUAUCCAGGAUCCAACCUCUGAAACUUCUUGAUUAGAGUGAAAAAUAUAAACGGGAUCCUUAUGUAAUUUCAUCAAAAACACAAGGGUAAUUACGUUUAGCCCUUAACAGAGUUGCUUCAAAUUACAUUGAAUUGGCCAUCGCA